AUGGAUGAUACCAGUGCAGAAUUCCAAACGCUCUUCAGCGCAAUGUCCGCUUUUGUAACGGACUGCAUGUCUGGACACGACCCAUCGCACAACCCAGCUCACGUCCACCGAGUGGUAGCGCUCGCCAACAAGAUCCUGAACGCAGAGCGGGCGCUGCACCCGCAAACGCAAUUCAAUGGCGCCGUCGUCAAGCUCGCAGCACUCCUGCAUGACAUCGGAGACAGAAAAUACCUCACCAAGCUGGAUACAGCAUCGGGCGAAGAGCUCGACCCAACGACGAUGGUACAACACGCUCUCCUUGCGCGGGGUGCGCCUCCAGAACUCGCAUCUCGAGUGCAGACAAUUGUGUCCCACGUUUCCUAUACGACCGAGUGCAAGGAUCCAGCUUUGAUCCGGCGCUUGAUUGACGAAGAUGGCCUUGUCGAACUUGGAGUUGUACAGGAUGCGGAUCGACUUGAUGCCAUCGGGGCUAUUGGAAUUGGGAGAUGUUUCACUUUCCUUGGGGCUGUCGGAAAGAAGUACUGUGUUGAUGGGAAAUGGGAGAUGAACAAUUCCAUCGAGCACUUUGAGGACAAGUUGGUCAAGCUGGAGGGGAUGAUGAAGACUGCCACUGGAAAAGAAAUGGCCAAGGUACGAACAGAGAGGUUGAAGGUCUUUGCGGGAUGGUGGGAGGAGGAGAUGGAUCUUGCUUCUACUUCUAUCUAG